CGCAUGCAGCACGUCAUUAUCUAGGACUAGAGACUUAGGAAGGAACUCAGCUUAGUGGCAACCACUCCAUUGAACCCUAACUUCACCAGGCAAUAUUCUCACUCGCUCGCCGCGCGUCAUGCCUACAAACGGAAGCGCGUGUGCUUGGGUUGAUGCUCACGGGAAUCUAGACAAACAGGCCUCGAGAAUAACUGACGUCCGCGACAGCAGCAACUGUGCUCGGUCUUGUUGCGAAUCCAACUGUAGCGAGGAUAGCAACCGCGCCGUUCAGUCAGGUGGUUGUAUAUCCGUCAAUGACGGUUGCAUGACGUCAGAGAAUGGCUGCAACCCACUCCCCUCUGUUACCACCUCCACAAGCAGUGUUACCACUAGCGUUACCAUCACUGGCAGCGACAACAGAGAUGGCAGCAGUAGCGGCAGCAGCGCGCCGAGCGUGCGCAUCAGCGGAAGCGGCGCAGUGGUGAGGGCGCGGGGAAGCGCAGGCGGAAGGCUGCUGUGCGGGGAGUGCGGGGAGAAGCGCGCCAUGGUGAAACGACCCAAGACCGGGCAGCAGGUGUGCAAGGACUGCUUCUUCCUGCUAUUCGAGUCUGAGAUCCAUCGCACCAUCGUGGAAAACAAGCUCUUUAAACGAGGGGAGAAGGUGGCCGUGGCUGCGUCAGGGGGCAAGGACUCCACCGUUCUCGCCCACAUCAUGUCUCUCCUCAACGCCCGCCACGACUACGGCCUUCAGCUCUUCCUCCUGUCGAUUGACGAGGGCAUCACGGGCUAUAGGGACGACUCGCUGGAGACAGUCAAGCGCAACGAGAAGCAGUAUGGCAUACCACUGACCAUCCUUUCCUAUAAGGACCUCUACGGGUGGACCAUGGACGAGAUAGUUGCUUCCAUUGGCCGAAAGAACAACUGCACCUUCUGCGGCGUAUUCAGGAGGCAGGCUCUAGACAGGGGCGCAGCUCUCCUCUCGGCAGACAAGCUUGUGACAGGCCACAACGCCGAUGAUUUUGCUGAGACUGUCUUGCUGAAUCUGCUGCGGGGGGACGUGGCGCGGCUCAGCCGCUGCCCCGCCAUCACCACUGGGGAGGACUCGGCACUGCCCAGAAGCAAGCCGUUCAAAUACACCUACGAGAAAGAGAUUGUCAUAUAUCCGCCCCACAGUUCUCAAAACCCCCUCACUGCUUCACUCCACACUACCCGGAAGCAAGCCAUUCAUAUGCACCUACGAGAAAGAGAUCGUCAUAUAUCCACCCCAGAUCUCAAAUCCUCGGACUGCCUGGCCUACUCAACUCUUAUGCGUAUUUGCUUGAGGCUUCUUAAAGGGUGUGCUUUGUUCUUACUUUGUUUGUUCAUCCAGCAAGUGCGUAGAGUACUCCCUUUAUCCGAGUUUCCUUUUGACGCAGAGUUCCUUAACUCCUCUCCUCCUGUCUGCUCCACUCCUGCCCUCCCUUCCCCCCUCCUCCCCUCUCCUCUCCUUCUUUUCUCCUCCUUCACUUUUCACGCUCUCUUCAAUGCUUCUUUUGCCGCUUUUUGAGUCGACUCGAAAAUCGACUCAUUACACACAAUGCUUCUUUUGCCGCCUCCUUUCCUCUCUGCUUGACCCCUCUCCCUAUGCGGCGCUCUCCCUCCCUUCCCCCCUCCCCCCUGCUCUACCACCUGUUGCAUCUGUGCAUCACGCCUUCACACCCUUGCACCUGUUUGAUUGGAACAUCAAUGUGCAAUCAGCACGUACGCGCAUUUCAAGAAGCUGGAUUACUUUUCCACUGAAUGCAUUUACUCUCCAGACGCCUACCGUGGCUUUGCAAGAGAAUUCAUAAAAGAUCUAGAGGCCAUACGGCCUCGAGCCAUCCUAGACAUUAUCACAUCAGCAGAGCAGUUCAGAUUCCAGGCUGAUGUCAAGAUGCCAACUCAGCGUACAUGUGACCGGUGCGGUUACAUCUCCAGCCAGGAGCUGUGCAAAGCGUGUGUGUUACUGGAGGGUUUGAACCGCGGCUUGCCUCGGCUUGGAGUGGCUCGCACUCGCAGGAAGGACGGGCAAUAUGCCUCUCCAGCUGUUACCGACGGUGCUGCAGCUGCCGCUCUGCCUGCUAACGCCAAGCAUGCCGUUGUUGCUCCUCCUCCUGGUGCUGCUGGUGCGCCUCUUGCUGCUGUUGUCAAUUCCUCUUCAGCAGCUGUUGAUGCUCCUGCUGCAACUGCUGUUUAGGUUGCAACUGCUGACUGCCUGCUCUUGUGACUCUCUGUCGUGAGAAGAGAAUAAGAGAGGGUUAGAGAGAGGAGAGUACAGGGUUCAAGUAUUGGGGCUGUCCCCUCUGUCAAACAUAUGCAUAACUCAUGUUUGUAUAGACUGUAUAGGGUCGACUCUUAGAGGGUACAACAUCUUAGGUAUAUACCCUUGUACUCUCUCUCUAUUCACUAAUU